UAUAUACAAUGCCGGAGGGGUCAUUCAGUCCAGUUCUUCUAUAAAAUCAGGUGUUCGCCGCCUUUCGUCCUGUUACUUUCUCUGAGGGGCGCGCGAGCUAAGGAAGCAGCCGGUAAGAUGGAAGAGCACGAGACCUUAACGCGCGCGCUCAGUCUGCUGGUGAACCUGGGCCAGGUUUUGCUGCAGAAGGCUCAGCAGGAGGCUGCAGCCUCCCUGGAAACCUUCGUUCUGUACAAAAUCACCACGAUGUUCGGCCUGAUCACCGCCGGGGCCGACUUCUACAGGAGCCUCGGAGUGAAGACGAAGAGUGAGGCAGAGGAGGUGUGGAAGAAGUCAUACCACCAUGAAGCUGUAAGAGAACAAGUGGAGGAGCUUCUGCAGCUGGAGAGCGAAUGGGACGCGUUCCUGCAGAGCGUGGAUGAAGAUCUGCAGAGCACAGAUAAGCUCCAGUCAGGUUCGAAGGCGGCAGACAGAAUCGGCGCCGACUCUGUGUUCACAGAUGCUCGGAGUGCAGAGAGUGUAACCCUGGGUGAGUUCCUGGGCCAGAACCAGAAGCUGCUGUUGGUCCUCAUCAGACACUUCGGAUGACUGCCAUGACGAGACCACGUGGCCGAGCUGGAGGCCAGUGAGAACCUCCUGCAGGCUCAGUCCGUGCGUGUUUUGGUGCUCUCCUUCGGCAGCGUGGAAGGGGCUAAGCUGUGGCUGGAGCAGACCGGAUGCAGUUUCCAAAUGCUUUUGGAUCCACAGAGAAAGGUCUACAGGAGUUUUGGCCUGGGCUCGUCCUACUCGAAGGUGUUGAAGUUUGACUGCUUGCUGAAGUACUCGGAGUAUCCGACGUCAAACAGAGACUUCCCCGACAUUCCCCCUCGUCUUCUGGAAGACCUUUACCAGAUGGGUGGGGAUUUUUUGUUGGACGACACAGGAAAAGUGCUUCUUUCUCAUCCGUCUAAAAGCCCGCUGGACAGACCGAGCGUGUCGGACAUCCUGAAGGUGGUGGUGGAGGAGGAGGAGGAGGAGGAGGAGGCAGGCGGCUCCAGUGACACUGAAUAACACGAGGUCCAGAAACAGUAAAGCAUCCCUGACUCCAACCACAGAGGAGCAUCAGAGCUUCAGUUCACGCUGAUGACGCCGCUUCUCGCCCUCAUGACCUCAUGAAGAGACGUGGCCGAUGCUGAGUGAAGAAAAGAGCUGAUCUCCUCUGUCGAGUCGCUGUUUUCAGGAAUUCACCUGUGAAGUGAAUUACUUUCUGUUGUAAGAAUGGACUGUGACUGCAAAAGUAUCACUUUUAGUUAGUGCUAAAUUAUAAAGGAGAUUAAUCAAUAUUAAAAAUAAGUCAUGUAAUUUACUCACAAAUAUAAGUAAGAGCAAAAAAAAUAGAUAAAUGACUUACUUGGAUGUAUUUUAUUGAUUUAAAGAUGCAUCAGAUAAAAUGUCCAUAGUUUAAGUUUUCAAGGAAAAUUUAACCUUUUUUUUGCUCUCAGAUAAUAGUAUCAAACAAAACCUGUUAAAAACUUUUAUUUUCUUUGAUUAAAUUCUUACACUUCUCAUUUUUAUCAGUAAAAAAAUGUUAUUGAUGGGAUUUAAAAAUGAAAAAACAGUUUUUCUUCUUACAAAAUUUGACUUUUAGCAUUUCCACCUUCUGCUACUAUGUGAGUGGAUUAUAAAUGUUUACAAUCAAUUCUAAUGAAAAUUCAUAAAAAGAUGUUUCUCAUUGA